AUGGAGGCAGCAAUUUACGCCCUAACAAGCAAAAAAUUCGACGAGAUAUUCGCGCUUUUCGGGAUUAAGAAGAGUGAGCGGAUAGACCCACUUAUCACCGAGCUGUCCAGUAUAGGCGACGGCACCAACGGCGAAGAACAGAUAUCGGACGAACUGGCUAAGACAAAGGACAAUCUUGGAGGUCGUAUACUAGUGACCGAGGAGGCUGUGGAAGCCAACAAAAAAUACGAUGAUCGGGCGAUUGCUUCUACUGCUACGCCCGAUGACCUACCCGCAGACGAAGUUACUGUCGCAACAUCAUCCCAAAUCGAGGCAGAAUCCCAGCCGAUACCUCAAAAGCCUUCAGCU